UAUAGUACAGCUGCACUCCGUCGGUGUCUGUCUGUCUCGCUCUGUUCUCCCUCCUCCUCUCUCUCUCGCUUCCUCCCCCUCUCCUUCCCCUCGCUCUGCAUGUUCACCCACACUCCCUCCGUCAGACGCCUCACUUCGGCCCCUCCACGGUCCGGCCCAGUAGCAUGGACAGCCGGAUACUCGAGCACCCCCACGCCCAGUUCGGAGGCUCUCUGGGCGGAAUGGUCGGUGUUGGCUUCCCCUACCACAUGGGGCACCACCACGUCUACGAGCUCGCCGGCCACCAGCUGCAGUCCGCGGCCGCCGUACCCUUCUCCAUAGACGGAUUACUGAACGGGUCGUGCUCGGCUUCGGUGGUACACGGCUCCGGUCCUCUACUCUCCUCUGGCUGCGGGAUUAACGGAGAUAAUCAGUACAAACUCUCAGAUUCGGGGGACCCAGAUAAGGAUAGUCCCGGUUGCAAACGGAGACGCACGCGGACCAAUUUCACCGGUUGGCAGUUGGAGGAGCUGGAGAAAGCUUUUAACGAGAGCCACUACCCGGACAUCUUCAUGCGGGAGGCGCUCGCGCUACGGCUCGACCUCGUAGAGUCCCGGGUCCAGGUUUGGUUCCAAAAUCGGCGCGCUAAAUGGAGGAAAAAAGAGAACACUAAGAAAGGCCCGGGGCGGCCAGCGCACAACUCCCACCCGACCACGUGCAGCGGCGAACCCAUGGACGCGGAGGAGAUCGCGCGGCGGGAGCUGGAGCGCGCAGAGAAAAAGAAACGUAAACAGGAGCGUAAACUGCUGAAGUCUCAAAACAAGUUACUCUCCGGUGACCUCUUCCACACACCCGGCGGGUCAGACAGCGACAGCGGUGUGUCACAGAUCACCGACAAUGAGCAGCAGCCUUCAUCCAACUGUAACGGGAGCCUUCAUUCUGAACCGGGAGGAAGACACCACCACCACCAAACGGAACCAGCCAGCUGUGAUCAAAGCCAAACCCGUCCCCGGUUAGGUCUCCUCCAGAACCAGCACCACGACCACCACCACAACAACCAAAGAACCACAGGGGGGAUAGGACCGGGACCCGGGGUCCAGGAGCAGGUGUCCCCGGGCAGCACUCAUGGUCCUGGGCUUGGCGGCUCCAGGGCCUCAGGCCUCCAGAAACUCAACCCGUUCAGCGUGGAGAGCCUUCUCUCUGACGCCACACCUCGCCGGAAACCACAGCUGGACUUCAGCUCGCUGUCCAAUCAGAGGCCGCUGAUAGGGAAGGGUCACUUCCUGUUGUACCCCAUUACCCAUCAGCCACUGGGCUUCAUUGUCCCACAGACGGCCCUGAGAACCGGGCUGUGCCAGGACAACAACAACAGCGGGCCUAACUCUCAUCAUCUGACUCAUUCUGGGCCUAAACAAACACCUUAACAACCACCACAAUCAUGUCAGUAACUGUGCGGACAGGAGCGCGAGGGAAGCACAGCAGGGAAGUUACAACAAUAAUGGUCGAGAUUCCGUUUCCCCUCCACCCCAGAGCUCUGUUUCAGUUCAAACGACUUUAACGAGAACCAGUUCAACUCAGUCCAGCACGGGUAGUGACGGUAGCCGUGGGGGUGAUGACCAAACGGGUUUGUCGCGUAUAACGGACGUUAACGGCUGCCAGAGUGAGCCCACUGGGGAGGGCACGAGAGAGGACUCGUCACUGGAGCCCUUGGAGUGUUCUGGCGCCAAGCCAGAGAGUCACGUGGAGCACGAGGAGCCCGGGACAGAUGGAGAAGACGUGGAUAUGGACUAACACUGGGCUGGAGCAUUAUAUAAACAGAGACAGACUCAAAUAUGCCAACCAACCCUGCUCAGCCACAGACUAGAUCUAAACAUUCCCAAAGCUACAAGACACCUUUUAAACAUAUCAGACUGAACAACUCCAUUGUUAUAUUUUUUAACAGAUUCUCUGAUAGAUUCAGAUGGGGCUGUAGGCCUACUACUUUCCAAAAGGAAGUUCUAUAAACGUUUAUUUCUAAAUCUGUAAAACGAAAAAGGACAAAAAGACAAAACAAUUCACACAGAAAAGCAACAAAAAUCCUCAAACAUUGUACAUUUCUUUUGAGAAAGUAUAAAAUAAUAUUUAUAUAUGUAAACAUUUUGAUAAAUAAAGUUAUUGUUU